GCGCCGCCGGGAGGGAGGAGCGACAGGGAAGCGAGCCAAUCGCCUGCUCCUACAGGACGGCACCUCCCGCCCUUUCGGGGUCUAGACCACUCAGAAGUGAGAACCGCGCUCGCCCCCUCCCCCAGACAGCCAAUAGACGGAGAGAAACAGCAAGAACGCGCGCCGCCAUUGGCGGGCGCCCCGGCGGCCUGGCGCUCUUGCUAGGCAGGGUAAAGAUGGCGGCUCUGGACAGGGUCAAGGUGCUGGUGCUGGGCGACUCCGGUGUCGGAAAGUCGUCUCUCGUUCACCUCCUGUGCCACAACCAGGUGCUGGGAAACCCGUCCUGGACAGUGGGCUGCUCCGUGGAUGUGCGAAUCCAUGACUACAAAGAAGGAACUCCAGAAGAGAAGACCUAUUACAUUGAGCUGUGGGAUGUUGGAGGUUCUGUGGGCAGUGCCACCAGUGUGAAAAGCACACGAGCAGUGUUCUAUAAUCUGCUGAAUGGGAUAAUUUUAGUGCAUGACUUGACCAACAAGAAAUCAUCCCAGAAUUUGUAUCGCUGGUCUUUGGAAGCACUCAACAGAGAUGUCGCUCCAACAGGAGUUCUCGUGACAAAUGGUGACUAUGACCGUGAACAGUUUGGUGAUAACCAGAUCCCACUGCUGGUAAUAGGAACUAAACUGGAUCAGAUCCCAGAAACCAAGAGGAAUGAAGUUUUGACCAGAACGGCAUUCUUGGCUGAGGAUUUCAAUGCUGAAGAAAUAAAUUUGGACUGCACCAAUCCUCGUUACCUGGCUGCAGGUUCAUCCAAUGCUGUCAAACUAAGUAGAUUUUUUGAUAAGGUCAUAGAGAAGAGAUACAUCUUAAGAGAUGGCAAUCAGAUACCUGGCUUCUCUGAAAGGAAGAGGUUUGGAGGAGGAACACUGAAGAGCCUUCAUUAUGACUGAGCACUGAAGAAGUGGAAGACAACUUCUCUGAGUUCCUAAUGCCUUCCCAUUCCAACUGGAUGCUCAGAGACAGUAAUGCUUCUGUCAAGCAGAGUAAAAUGAUAUUACAGCUGGCUAGCCUGCUGAAGGUUCUGUUGUUGGAAAAGACUUCGGAAAGGUUUUCCAAAAACCUAAUCUGGACCCUGGUGUACUUCUUAGGAUUGCAGACCGUCUGGAUCUAUGGGAACAUCUGGGGAAAGUGUGCAAUAAGUUGAAUGCCUCUCACACUGCUGUGGGAAACUUCAUCAUACACAGCACAUAUAUGUGACAUCCUUGUCUCCGUUUGGAAAACUUAUGGACAGUCUUUGCAGUGAUUUGCGUUCAUUUACCUCUGAAGGAAAGAUGACACUGAGUGGGUCUCUCAUGUGCAGUAAAGUGAGCAAAAUGUAACGAUGGGUAAGGAAUGGUCUGGAAAAUAAUAGAAUGCCUUCAUUAAAUGGAGUGUUGUUUCAUCUAGAGCACACUGUUCAUCCCUAUGCAAAAGGGAUAAAAGCAAUAGGCAAGAUAUGAAAAAAGAUUUGAAGCCUUAAAAAGAAUAUCAAUCAUAAGUAGAAAGCAACUGGUGUUAGUUCUGCUGCUUAAAUUAAAAUUGUUUACUUUGAAGAGGGCAAAUGUUUAUCUUUUCAUAAUUGAUUGUGGUCUUUUUAUAUUAAAAGGCAAUUCAUUGAAAACUGAUAGAAAAAG